AUGACCUUCACUACCUUCGACAGCGGCUACCCCUCCUUCUACACGUUCUGGAGUGUCAUCACGUACGCCGAUUGGACGGAUUAUUCUCACUACACGGAUGGUGGUUUUGUGACGAGUAUUUCCAGUUGCUUCGCAGGCUUCGGCCUCGGCUUCUGCGAAG